AUGCUUUCAAAAGUCCUGUUGCUGGGUAGCAUCGCCGGCUUGGUUGCGGCGCAAUUCCCCCCGCCGCUGACCGGAGUCAAAACCCUGAAGUCUAAAUUCCACGAAAACGUGACCAUCUCAUACAAGGAGCCUGGUCUCUGUGAAACUACACCUGGCGUCAAGUCCUAUGCUGGUCAUGUCCACCUACCCGCCAGCCUCUUGCAGGAUAUCCACGGCGUCAAGCAUGAAUAUGACACCAACACCUUCUUUUGGUUCUUUGAGGCUCGCCACGACCCUGAAAACGCGCCUCUUGCCAUCUGGCUCAACGGCGGCCCCGGCUCGUCGUCCAUGAUGGGACUACUGCAAGAAAACGGUCCCUGCUUCAUCAACGAGGACUCCGAGACCGUCAGGAACAAUCCGUGGAGCUGGAACAACCACGUCAACAUGCUCUACAUUGAUGAGCCCAACCAGGUCGGCUUCUCCUACGACACGCCCACCAACUUCACCAUCAUCGUCGACGGCGAGCGCGAGACAACCAGCACGGCGACCGACUUCUCCAAGGUGGAUGUUCCGGAGCUCAACAGCACCACACGCGUGGGCACGCUCUCCAGCGACGACAAGAUGCACACGGUCAACACAACCGCCGAGGCUGCCCACGCCCUCUGGCACUUCGCCCAGGCCUUUUUCUGGGAGUUCCCGCACUACAAGCCGAAUGAUGACCGCAUCAGCCUCUGGGCCGAGAGCUACGGCGGCCAUUACGGCCCAGGCUUUGCGCGCUUCUUCCAACAGCAAAACGAAAAGAUUAUCAACGGCACCUUGGACGACAAGACGGCUCACUACAUGCACCUGGACACGCUUGGUAUAAUCAACGGCGUAAUCGACGCGACUCACCGUGAGGAAGCUGGCAUCAUUUUCCCCUUCAACAACACCUACGGUAUUCAAGCUUAUACGCAAGAAUACUACGAUGAGCUCAUGCACAACUUCACCAAGCCCGGCGGCUGCCGCGACCAGAUCCUGCACUGCCAGGACGUCCUCGACGACCGCGACCGCGUCACCAUCCAGGAUGAGCGCGAUGGCGGCUGGAAGGCCAUCUGCGGCAUCGAGGAAGACUGCGCGUCGCCCAGCGAAAAGGCCUUCCGCACCGUCGACCACGCGCGCUUCGACAUUACCCACCACAAGCAGGACCCCUUCCCGCCGCCGCACAUCUACGGCUUCCUGUCGCGCUCGUCGGUGCUCGAGGCCCUCGGCGUGCCCGUCAACUUCACCGCCUCGUCGACGGCCGUGGCGACCAACUUUGGCGACUCGGCCGACCACCUCAAGGGCGGCUUCGUCGACGCCAUCGGCUACCUGCUCGACACGGGCGUCAAGGUGCACAUGAUGUACGGCGACCGCGACUUUGCCUGCAACUGGAUCGGCGGCGAGAUGUCGUCGCUGGCCGUCGGCUACAGGCACAAGGAGGCCUUUGCGCGGGCCGGCUACGCGCCGCUCGUCUCGUCGGACGGCAUGGGCGGCCUCACUCGCCAGUCGGGCAACUUUUCGUUUACGCGCGUCUUCCAGGCCGGCCACAUGAUCCCCUCGUACCAGCCCGUGCACGCCUACGAGGUCUUUAUGCGCGCCACCUUCAACAAGGACAUUGCGACGGGCGAGCGCGACGUGACCGACGAGCUCGCGACCGAGGGCCCCAGCCACACCUGGGACCACAAGACGAGGCGCUACCCGGCGCCGGCGCCGCGAUGCUACGUGCUCGAGCCGGGUACCUGCACCGAGGAGCAGUGGGCCAAGGUGUAUGCUGGCGCUCCUGUCAAGGACUACUACCUUGUUGAGGAGAAUGAGUAUGAGGAGAUUGAGCUGUAG